GUUUGGGGGCAAACAAAAAUAGUUCCAAGUUUAUGUAUUAUAUUUGGUGUUUCUGCAUUCUACCAAUAUAAGGCAGACAGGGACAACGCUAUGAUAGAUUGAUCACCUGAAAGGACUGCGAGGGACUGAGAGGCAAGAUGGCACCCAAGGAUACCACCUCGUUUUUGAAUAUGGAACGCUUAGAGAAGACCAAGAAGCUUAUUGAACUAUAUCGAUCCAGUGAGUGCCUGUGGAAUUCGCAGUCUCCGGGAUUUCAUAGUGGUUCUGUCAAGGAGGACGCUUGGCGAAGGAUUACGAGUCAGCUGAACAGUGGCUUGACUCCUGACCAAGUGAAACUUCAGGUGCUUGGCCUUCGAAAUUACUACUCCAAAGAGUGCGCCGCCAUCCGACUCGGCCAGCGUGCAGGUUAUUGUCAUGUACCGAGACACGCCUAUUUCGAGGACCUUCAUUUCUUGGGUAAUCUGGAUUUCGGAGAAACGAAAAAGCCUGAGGACAAUUUCAGCCUAGUCAACCGCCUUCUUGAUGAUGUUUUAAUCUUGGACGACAGUAGUACUAUUAAAGCCAAUUAUCCACCCACAUUUUCGGAGUCCACAUUUUGCGAUCAUGCAGCUUUAUUAACUCCAUGCUCCAGUGAAACCAAGUGCGGUUUCACCCUCUACAAUAUGUUCCUAGAACCAGAGCCGGAUCAACCACUUCGAAAUCAAUACCAUCCUAAUACAGGAAGAGCCACUUCCGGCAAUGAUCGCUGGUAUCCUACAAGCUAUUGUGUUCAGUGCAACCAAGAAGAAAACAAGGAUUCCUGUCCGGCAUGCGAUGACAGAGGUCAAGACCGUUCCCCACAUUCUGAAAGUGAAAGCUCCUUGAAAGGAGGGCAAUGCGGCUGCUGCGAUCCAGGGAAAAGUAGUCAAGUUCAGACUGCACCGCAAAGUCAAGCUCGGUCCAAAGCAGUCAUCCAAAACCAGACACAAAAUCAGUAUCUGGCACAAGUUGAGUGUACAUGCUCAAAAAAAUCUCAAAAACGAAACGGGAAUGAGAAUCACACUCAGGAUGAGUGUCCAUGCUCAUCGCAAAACAGGCAAAAACGUUCUCCAAGAACCAACCAAAAUGGUGUAUUCGUGGAUAUGGGAAACUGGGAUGGCAAUGAGUCCACCAAUAAUGGAGCACACAAUGAUAAUUGGCCAGGUCCCAGGCUAUGCUAUCAAACCCGAAAGCAAUGGGUGCCUAGGGAGCGAAGAGUUGUAUCUGAUGACGGUAAAAAACCCUGUUCCGGAGGUUGGAAACGAAAUAACGAAGCCAUCUGCAAGCGACUCCAGGAUCAGUUGGUGAAACAGCAAAACCAAAGUGGCAAUUACUCAGAAGAAGGAGACUCCAGUGAUGAUCGAAACCGGAGCUAUAAGCAGAACGAACGACGUCAGUCUGGCGAGGAUCAGUUAAAUGUAAUGCUUUUAAAGAAAAACGAACAGGGGAAUUCAGCUAAUGAUCAAGCCUUAUAUCAAAAUAAUCAGCCGAUUUCGGAUCAGGGUUACUACAAUAGCAGCCAACCAGUUCAAAAUCAAUGUUACUGCACUUAUAACCAAUCGAAUCCAGAUCCACAACGCUGCGAUAUCCAGGCAUGUCAGUGCGUUUAUUGCAAUCGAUCUUUAGCUCCACCCCAGGCAAAUUAUUACCCACCGCCGCAGUCCGAACAGAGUCCCACAAACUAUCCCCAAUCAGGUCCUCCUCCAAAUCAACCUUAUGGGGGAAUGGAAAAUGAGUACGGACGUUAUGGAUAUCCCAAUCAACCUAUCGUUUACUGCAUCAAUACCGAGGAUCCAGAGAUCUGGGUUCAGGCUCAAUCUACGGCUCCUGCUUCAAAUCCUGCCCAGAUGCCCAGGGUCCCACCAUCAAAGUCUUGGCAGCAGGAAAUACAAGAUGGACCACCAGCGCCUAACUACACGGCACCCUAUGAUGCAAGUUUUCCACAAAAUGGACUAGAUAACAUACACUCAUCGAAUAUAAAUGCAAUACUACAGCCUGAACACCCAAUACACCAUCCCACCGCAAAAAGACGACAGAGGCCACCAAUGGAAAACUAUCAGUUUGUGGAGUGUCCUGCUUAUAAAAGGGAGCCACAACCUAACUACCAAAGGGAUCGAUCGAACAGAGGAAAUUAUCAAAACCAGAAAAGAAGUGCUGAUACUGAUGAAGACUCGCUUGCUAGCCGGGAAAACCCAAACAUCCAUCAGCGUCCAGCUCGAAGACAAUUGCGAAACGAUAAUCAAAACGGUCAGCGCAACGAAAUAGAUCAAGAAUUUGUGGAAAAUCCUAAUCAAGAGAGAAGGCGGGAUUAUGAUGAUGAAAGUCCAUCUCGAAGGAGGCAACGUAAUCAAAAUUCGGAUCGUUCACCUCAGAUUAAAAAACCAUAUGAAGAGCGUCCAACCCAAGGAAGGUCUCGAAAUUAUAAUAGAGUGGUUAGUAACCCUAAUUCCAACUAUGAAGAUUCUUCCCCUUCAAGGUCAAGGAGAGAUCGUACCGAGAACCCAAACAAAUUCAAAGGUUAUCAGCUUGAAUCCGACGAUUCCCAAAAUGAAGAGUACCCGGCAUAUUAUCGUCCCAAGGAAUGUCCCAAUUUGGAAUGUCCCCACCGCGAAGAUAGAAUUGCGGCAAAAACAAGGCCGCCUGCAAGGAAUCGCGACUAUGAAGAGGAAGGAAAACCAAGUUCCAAUGGAAGAUCGCGAGGUCGGGAUAGAAACCUGCCCGAAAAUGGUACCUAUGAAGAGCAACAACAAGGUCCCAAGGCAAGAUCCUAUGGUCGAGGAAGAGAAGAUAUUGUGAAGCCGAAGAAAAAAUCAGCUGAAGAAACUAUUAAUUCAAAAGGGCGAACUCAAGAAUGCAACGACGAAACCUGUCCGUUUGGAGGUUAUUCAUUAAGGCAGGAUAGAGAUCGUACAGAACGUCAACCUAGAAAUAUGCAGGACAUCAGAAACCCAAAAAAUGGAAAUGGCAAAUACCAAAGCUCCAGAAGAAGAGACUACCAGUGCAAUGAUGAUACGUGCCCAUAUGCUCCUUCUGCGGACCCUCCAAAAGAAAGGUCGAGAAAACCUCUUCAAGAGCGUGGCGAUGAAGAUAAGGUACUAAGGAAAAGGUAUCGGAGUGAAUCUGCAUCAAGAAAUCAACCGAGGGAUACGAAAAAAACUAAAGAUCCAGAGAAAAGCAAAAAAGAAUUAGAUAAUUUUGGGAAAACAAGGAAUGAAGCUCCCGAAGGUUGUGAUGAUUGUGAAUGUGAUUCAGAAGAGAAUGAAUACGAACCAACAGGAUUGAUGAAUGAUGAACGCAACUAUGAUAACCCUGAAGAUCGUGGACCCCCAGAAGAGAUUAACCAAUAUCCCAAAAGGGAGGAACGGGAUGUACCACCUAAAAAUAAUAGAAAUAAUAGCAGAAGUGCAAAGGAUUACCGCAAUGAAAAUAAUGAAAAAAGUCCGAGGGGUUACCGCAAUGAAUAUAAAAACACAACUAGUGGAAGAACAGAAAUGGACAACUUUUAUUCCGAUGGAUAUGACGGCAAUACUGAAUAUGAUGCCUAUCCUAUAAGAGACAACCGAAACCGAUCUCAUAAGGAGUCCAAUAAUUAUGAUAGAACAGAAGCAAAUAGAAGAGACCAACGAAUCAAGGGCAAUAAUGCCUACUCCUCCGAAGGCGAGGAUCAAUCGUAUCCGAUGUCGGAUAAAAAAAAUAACAUACGAAAACAAAAUGAAGGUAAUAUGUCUCCCAAAAAGAAACCAGAUUCCUGGGGAGCUGAUGCAUACAAGUUAGAAUAUGAAUGUCUGUGCAGUGAGGAUGAACUUCCCCAAACUGAAAAUGGGUAUAUAAAUUCUAUGCCAAAUAGGGACCCUCAAGAGUCCAGAAAUCCAAGGGUUUUGGACAAUAACAAAGAGAAAAUUCAAAAUAGAACCACGGGAAAUAUGCUCGAUGUAGACGACACCAAAGGCAAGGAUUAUCAACAAUUUGAAAAAAAAAAUACGAAUACAUUGCCUGAAACUCCUUCACCAAAUAAAAACGAUAAAAAGAAUCCGAAUGACAAUGGAAAAGAUGAAAGAGGAAAUGGCAACAAUAUAGGAGGCUGUAAAUGUCAUCCUGAUAACAGAUCCUCCAUCGAGGAUUGUAUUUGCAUUCCUCUUACUGAGCCAAAAGAACCGAAGAUAACUGUUAUGAAUCAACGAAAGCAAGCUGGUAGUAUAUGCAUGGCCCUAAACGUUUUAAUGGAUUGCGAAGGCCAGAGGGAAGAAUCAACUGGGAUAGCGAAUAAACCGCCAGGUCAAGCAAAUGUUGUAGCCAAACUAAAUAAGUUCAAAAUGGAACAAAUGGCAGGGAAAACUAAGCCUCGUGAAUCACUACCCGUAUCUAAUAAUGGUACCCACUCGCCUUCAGAGAAGAGUAGUCCCUCCCCAAAGUCCGGAAAAUCAUCAAAGUCUGCCAGCCCCAUUCGCCUUCUGGGGACUCCGAGGACUCAGCCAGGAGAGCCGAUCAAAAGACGAGUCGCCACUGCGACAACUGGAGGGCAAUCCAGUGCGAAGAGAACUAUGGACACCAAUGCAGCUGCCAACAGCAAGUUGCCCUUUGAUCUAAAAUCGGCCGCAUAUUUUAUUUGCAAAUUACAGGACGAAGGUAACAACCAUCGUUACCUCCUUGUGGUGCCCAAGCAGCCGAUUGAAAGACCCUAUGGCCAUCGGAUGGGCUCAGGACAGGCGUCUGGGAAGCAGCUGCACUGCCCGCGGCAGUGCUCCGGCUUUCAGAGUGUGUCCUGGACCAAUCCGUCGUCCGCAAGUCAACCGCAGCGAUCUCAGCAGUUCCAACCAAGGGAGGAUGGCCUCUCCGUACUGGGUUCCUUUAGGGUUCCGCCUGUCCUGGCCAGCACCGCGCUGGGCAUCAUCAAGGAGCACCUCAACAGGACGAUUGUGGAGCGGCAUUCAUUUGUAAGAGGUGCGGGCCCUCCUCUCCGAAAGAUGCGGCGCACAUUACUAUCCAGGCCGAUAUCGUCAAGGCCCAGGAGACCUGUUCUACGGCCAUCCCACAAAGCCAAUUCCCCGAUUCUAGACGAAAACCGUACCCUUCUGCUCACCAACAAUCCCUUCCAAAAUUUGACCUUUGGCGACCACCAGCGAGAGGUGAUAGUCCUGCAUCCACCGGAUCCUGGCUUUCGGCCCUCGAAGAACUCCUUCGGCAAGGACGAAGUGGAGGUGCAGCACAUAACAGUCCGGACCGAGGACCCCGGAGUGCAUCCAAGCCCACCAAAGCCGCCUGUGAAGCCCAAGCGAAAUGUCCCUCGGUGAUCAAUCUGUAGUUGUAAAGUCCUUACACACAUACUUUCCGGCCAUCCUGGCCAUCGAAUCAUAUAAAGAACAGCACCCAACCGAAGCCGCAGGA